AGACGCAUGAAAUUAUACAAAUCCACAGAGACAAGAUAAAAGGUACAUACUUCAAGUGACCUAACCUAGUGGAGUAGAUCUAGUCACGUGUCGAAUAGUUUAACUUGCCUUUUGCACCGCCUCCUAUUGUGAUACAUACCCCACCCGCACCAGAGGUUUGAUCCGCUUAGACUCCUGACACCGUGCAACAAUCCCCGACCGUAGGUGACCUUUAGGUACCGACUGUAACCUAGCAUACUUCCUAGCGCACUUUCGAGCCCUGCCAACAGCUGGAUAACACCUGCCUUACCUAAGGCAGCAAGGUACCUGCUUACACCGUAGGCCGCAGUUUAUUACACUUCGACAGUUUUAGCAGCAAUCCGACCGCCCGCCUUAACGAUUGCCUUAACAAUUGUACCUAAUUCCCCCCCAUUUACAACUCCACCACUCAGACAGCCAGCCGAAACUGUGAUAACGGACGAGAUUUGGGAACUGUCCGUAGAGAUUUUUUCAACAUUCGACUCUGGACUCUGGACAUAGCGCCGACCUCGACUUUUUGUUAUAGUUGCGUCACAUAUAGGCCCCACGGUCUAGCUCCUUUUUAUCUAUCACCGCCGCUACAGUGCCUCCUGUUCUCUUUGACAGUCCUUUACCUUACCUCGACCGCAAGUUUAUCGCCCAACAUGGCCAACGACGAAUAUGAUUUCCUCUUCAAAGUGGUGUUGAUUGGAGACUCCGGCGUCGGAAAGUCCAACCUACUUAGUCGAUUCACCCGUAACGAGUUCAAUCUAGACUCCAAGUCCACGAUUGGCGUCGAAUUUGCGACUCGAUCCAUCCAAGUCGAUUCUAAGACGAUCAAGGCGCAGAUCUGGGAUACUGCAGGCCAGGAACGAUAUCGCGCUAUUACUUCUGCGUACUACCGAGGUGCAGUCGGUGCGCUCCUUGUCUACGACAUCAGCAAGCACCAGACCUACGAGAAUGUCACAAGAUGGUUGAAGGAGCUCCGAGACCACGCCGAUGCCAACAUUGUCAUCAUGCUGGUCGGUAACAAGAGCGAUUUGCGGCACCUCCGAGCGGUACCUACGGAGGAGGCCAAGGCGUUUGCUAGCGAGAACCAUCUCUCUUUCAUAGAAACUUCUGCUCUCGAUGCCAGCAACGUUGAGCUUGCCUUCCAGAACAUCCUUACCGAAAUCUACCGCAUCGUUUCGAGCAAGGCGUUGGAUAGCGGCGAGGGUGCCCAAGCCCCGAUGGCAGGCACCAACAUCUCGUUGAGCAAGUCUCCUGACGAUGCCGCGAAACAGGGUGGGAAGUGCUGUUAGUUCGAUACUCGCGACGAGAUGAUACGACGGUUAUACGGUUGAUAUGACAUUACGUAUAUGGCGUCACGUAUGGCCCGGAACGAAUACAUUUGUGACAGGGUGAUGCGUCAUGGGGUUCGGGAUAUUGACCUUACACAGGACAUGGCUCUCUUAUUUUGUUUUCCUGCUUUUACUGAUGUUCGUGGCCGUAGCCUAAGAUUUUGACAACUAGGGGUCACGGACGAUGUCUAAUCUAACACACCCGACGUAGUUACUAAAUUCCAUCUUUCUCUUGCCCCUACUAAUAUAUGACUGCCUAUUUGCUGUGCAUGUUUGUUUGUUUUUUUGUUUUUUUUUUGUUUACUAACUAACGUCCAGCCGUAGCCUCAUUAAUCAACGUGGCUUUUUCAUCUUACCGAUGGGUUGGAUUGAGGAUCACAUGUCUCGGAAGAAAAGUUGUAAG